AUGGAGACAGGUCAGACAGUCCAGGAAAGCGCUCUGCACGCCGGGAGGCAGGCGUGGUGGCCUUUGGACACCAUGGCAUGCAGCUUGGACGACGCGAGCACCAUCAGCAGCUUCCUCCUUGGAUGGGAUCCACAGCUCUGCUGCUUCGGUCUAGGAGCAAUGGGAGCUGGCGCCGGCGAUUCUGGUACCCAUGCGCGAGAGCUUGAGCUCUUCGUCCCCAAAUGCAUGGAGUCUCCGGUGUCCGAGGCGUCAACAGCAGCGGCCACCGGCUGGAUGUUGCAGAAGGACGCGACGGCGAUGCCCGGGGAGCUGGAUGAACUACUCAUGAGCCUGUGGGACUCGGACAAGGAGCUCGCCGUGGGCUUCAGUUCCUGCAGCGCUCCGAAAGAGGCGAGUGCCGCCUCUUCCCAAUUUGAUGAUCAUUCCGAUCUGAGCUCCAUUCUGCCGACGCUGCCGACAUCCCCGGACAAGACUCCGACGCCGGCGCAAGCACAACGUUCGGCAUCGUCGACAUCACACUGCAACUUGGACCCGCGGACCAGUGACACUGCUGGCGCCCAGCAGCAGCACCAAACCACUCGUGCCGACAGCUCGUCCAAGCGCUCGGCGACGGAAGAGAAAGGAGCAGAAGGCGGCGAGAGCAACAAGAGGAGCAGGAAGGCGCCGUGCUCCACCGCCGGGACGGUGGCGGCGUACCCGUUCGACGUGGUGAGGCCCGGCGGCACGGACGGCAGCGUGACACUCGCCGACAUUAACCGGUGGAUCCUCACGCCGCCGGCUCGCCCCGUCCGGCACCCCGUGGGGGAGUUCGCGUGCGCCCCACGCUUGUCGGCUGGCAACCGGCCGGCGCCAUCGGGCAAGACGGUGGCCGGCUUCACUAGGCUCCGCACCGCUGGCAGAGGCACGAUAAUCAUCGUGAGGACACGAGGUUAA